CUGCUUGUUCUGAGCUCUGUUCAACAAACACCGGCUCCCUCUCAUCAUCCACCUCUUCCCCCCUCUCUCUGAAUCGACCGCGUAUCUCCCUUAUCAUCAUCUGAAGUCAUGGUCAGCAAGAGUGCGGCUCAAGAUGCGAACUCACUCACUGUGCGCGACAACCGUACGGGGAAGACGUUCACCGUCCCAAUUGUCGACAACAGUAUCUCUGCUGUAGACUUCAAGGCCAUGAAAGCUCCCAAGGCGCCCGGGGAGCGCGAUGAGAAUGAGACCGAGAAGGGUCUACGUGUUGCGGACAAAGGCUUCUUGAACACCGCCGUUCUGCGAAGCCAAAUCACGUACAUCGAUGGAGAGGCGGGUGUUCUCCGCUACAGGCGCGUUUAUUUGAUGUGCGGCGGUGGGGUUCUGACCUCGGAUUGCAGAGGGUAUCCUAUCGAACAACUGGCCUUGCACUCGUCGCAUCUCGAAACCGGCAUGUUCAAGCUUGUUAUCUACGCGCUUUCGUCUCAUUCUACUCAGCGUAUCUUCUCAUCUACGGAUCUUUGCCUACGAAAUCCCAGUUUCAAGUCUUCCAAGAUGAAGUCAUGCAUCAUUCCAUCGUCCACGCAGAUGCUGCGCAAUUCUUCAGAAGCUUCCGGUAGGUAUGAUGCCCAUCCCAUGGCCAUUUUGACCAGUGCUUUUGCGUACAUCGGCUCGUAUUACAGCGAGGCGAACCCUUCGUUGCAAGGUCAAACUCUUUUCACCAAGGGCGAUAAAGCGUCUCUAGCAAUACUAGACAAGCAAAUAUACCGACUUAUUGGGAAAGCCACGACCCUGGCUGCAAUGGCUUAUCGAGUACGACAAGGCCGGGAGUUUGUGACACCUCCUACAGGCCUCAGCUAUACCGGCUCGUUUCUGUACCAAAUGGACUAUCUGGGACAGGAGAACUACGCACCGAACCCAGUGCUCGAAAAGGCACUAGAUGUCCUGUUUCUGCUGCAUGCUGAUCACGAGAUGAACGCGAGCGCUUCGUCCGUGAUGCAAGUCGGCUCGUCUUUGGUGGAUCCCUAUUCGGCCAUCGCGGCUGGAUGCGCCUCUUUGUAUGGACCAUUACACGGGGGGGCUAAUGAAGCGGUGAUUCGCAUGCUCAUCUCCAUCGGAAAGCCCGAGAAUGUUCCCGCAUUCAUUGAAGCUGUCAAAAGGAGAGAAAAGGUCCUUUCUGGUUUCGGACACCGGGUGUACAAGACAUCCGAUCCUCGCUCUUUCCUAGUUCGGAAGACUGCGGAUGAAGUCUUCAAGAUCACGGGCAAGGAUGAGCUGUUGCAAACGGCUAUGGCUCUGCAUGACGCAGCAAUGAAAGAUGAAUACUUCAUCAAGCGGAAAUUGGCCCCGAAUGUUGACUUCUGUUGCAGUGGAUUGAUAUAUCGGGCAAUGGGUUUCCCGAACGACUAUUUUCCCGUGUUGUUCGCGGUACCGCGUGUAGUCGGCUGGCUUGCACACUGGCGGCAGGCAAGCAUCUUUGACGUGACGUCACAGAGGACUGAUGGCUCCCUUACAGAUGAUGCUCCAAGGACGAGUUCAGAUUUGGCGGCCGCGUCAAAUCUAUGUGGGAGCCGGCAAGCGAGAUUAUGUGCCAGUCGACGCCCGAGAAGCCGUCGAAGGUUUGCAAGAACAGCCCUCGGUCGUUCACCAUUCCGGGAUCUCGAAAAGGACUCAGCUGGCGUCCUUCAAAGGGCAGGCAAAGUUGUAGUCGAGGCUCUUGGUCGGAUCUUGGCCUCAUGUCAGCCGUACAUAGAGGGGGGGAGGCAAUCGCGCUUAUUGUACCUUAAUUCCAUUUUUUUUUACUCCGGUCAAUUAUCCCCUUUGUUUGACAUCAUUGUUGCGAGACAAAGCGAAACAAACCCAACAUCAGUCCUGUUCCUUUUUCUCUCCACGACCUCCCUUACCUCGCCACUACUCUCCACCCUGCGAAAGAUGUUCGCCACACUCGUUUCCCUCGCGCUCAUUGCUGCCCCUGCUAUCCGUGGUGUUGCCGCUGAUCUGUCCAUUGCUACCCCCGCCCUGACCCAGUGCGGCGAUGCUCAUAUCAGCUGGACUGCCUCGAACGGACCGUACAACCUCAUUCUUGUGAACUCUACCGAUCCUUGCGGCGAGAUUCUCUCCGAUCUCGGUGACCACGCUGGUACCCACAUCACCUGGAAGGUCAACUACCCAGCCAAGUCUACGCUCAUGCUCUCGCUCGAGGAUAAGGAUGGCAACGACGUCUGGUCGCAAGAGAUGGUCGUUGCCGACAGCUCUGACACCUCUUGUCUCAACAACGCUGCUGCCGCUGCUGUCUCUGUCUCUGCCAGCCAAUCUGCCGUCUCUGUCUCGUCUGCUUCGGCUGUCCCUGUUCCCACUAUCCCGACGGACGUUGUCCAGGCCGCUGGUGCUGCUGUGACCGAUAGCUCGACUACUGCAGGUGGUGCUGCGGUUGCAGGCGCUCUCAGCGGGUCGGGCCACUCUGGUGCUCUCUCGCUCACCUCGAGCCCCAUUAUGGCCCUGUGCGCAGUAUUUGCUGCUGCUGCCCUUGCCUUGUAAUCACUAUACCCGCCCUUUUUUCCGCUCGGGUGCAACACCAUCUCACCUCCAUAUCUUUUUCUAUCCUUAUCCCAUUCCGUCUCCCUAUGGGUACAAUGCCUAACCGGCGCUGGCAUUAUUUCUUUCAGAUAUUCGAUAACGAUGUAGAAUAACGCUUUCGUUGGGGUUCGUUUGUUCAUCGUCUCCUUGACGUGAGGCGAGCUGGUCAUUCUGGGCUUCCUCUCAUCUGUUGAAUAAAUCCGUCCUUGUCGUUAUACCUCGCGGAAUCUAUAUACCUUUUAGUGGCGGCGCCCUUUCGUAGCAGUGUUUGUCUCAACUUGAUCUUCAACCAUCAUGUCAGAUUGGCACUCGAUAACGCUCCGGAUUCCAUUCGUAUCCGCUAAGCACGCGCUCAUUGCCAUGCAAACCAUCCAGGUGGAUAGCGAACUGCAACCGCACGCCGUGAAACGCGUGUUGUCCGUCGAAGACGAGGUUCUGAUCGCCACAUUCGACACGCUCACUGUGCGAUUAGCACGUCUCACCGUCAACUCAUUCCUCGAAAAUGUCGACCUCGUUGUGCGCACAUUACAACAUUUUGGAGAGGACGCGGAACAU